AUGGUGUUGAUUCGAGCCCGACGCACGAAGCUGGCGUCAGCUGUGCGACAAGGUGAUCAUGACGAUGCCUCGAGCACUCGGCGGCAGGCGCAUGUCCGAGCACGCCAGGACAAUCGACGUCGUGCCGUACUGUAUGAUGUGAGCUCGCCCUCUGGGAAGCGCCUACCCAGUGUCAGUCUUCAGCCCACCGAUGCUCGAGCUCGACGCGAUUUGAUGCGCCUCACGCAGAUGGAGGACAAAAGAGUGGAGAGCGACAAGAAAAGCGCCUACGAAGACGAGCAAAACGACUGCAAACACCGCGAGCAUCUGAACUACAGGCCGCCUAUGGAUCAUAUUCAAAACUUGCGAGAUUUGCAUACAACCGUGGCCAAAGACUGCCGGAACAACGUAAAACUUACCCCCGAGCAGCGAAUGCUCGCUAAACUGAAGCAGAAAUUCGCCUCAAAGCAAUACGGAGAACCUCCGACUGGCACAAAACCUGAAUGGCGUCUCGGGUACAAAAACAACAUCGACACUGGGUCUCGUGCCGGGGUGAAUGGCACAUUUGAGCCGCGCGAUGGCGCCCGAGAACGGAUUCUGGACUCUCAAAGCGCUACAACAUUGCUCCCUGGAUCCGUAGCGGUCGCUUACCCUUUGAAAAAGUCGAAGAUUCCGCGCCGCCGAGUCAUCAAGAAGAAACCGUGGUGUCCAGCGUCCUCCUCCAAAUCGCCGAGUUCAUCAAGCCUUCGAAGGCGCUACCCGGUCGAACGCUUCACUCCACCGAGUUUUGAUAAUAUGGUGAGCAGUCCGGAUCAAGAGAACGAGGGCAGUCCUGCUUUGAGCCCCUUCGAUCACGACGGACUUCAACGGUUUCCAAUACGUAGCGUCGAACCGUUUGAACCGAUUGACGAGGCCCAGGAAGAAUUUGUGGUCGAUACACGAUGUGCGCGUCGACAACAAACGCUACUGACUAAAGUCGCUGAUACGUACGCGCGGGUCCGAGCGCGGAUGGACCGCAUGAAAGACCCGCACUUGCGAUACGAACUGCCAGUCGAAGAUGCUGCGCAACAUCCUCGAGCUUACCGUCUUGGUUUGGACGUGCCUUCGACUGCGAUAAAGCCAACGAAGCGUAAGGAGAAGUUGAAGUUUCGGCCAAAAUCUGCCGGUACCAGUUUGGGCUUCCAAACUGGUUGUCUCGGCCCUAAGGGAGGCGACUUGCUAGCUCCCGAACGUAAUGGAAGUGGGAAAGUUGCUGGAGCAAGACGCAGACCUCAUUCCGCCAGUAUAACGUACUUCAGAAACUCGACAGUUUAUUGCAUGGGCCCUGCAACUCCAUCCAAGUCGGGUUGCGUCUCCGCUGCUACGGAUUUUCGCAGCAUUUUCGAGCGAAUGACGCUUGAUGAGUACAUGAGCGCGUGCGGCUGUCUCAACACGAACAUGACACCGCCGUUGACAGCGUCGGACAGGAAGCAGCCCGAUUCUCCCCACUCUUCGCCCAUUAGAGAGAUCAAGCGAUUCAGUACCAACCUCACUAAUACGGAGCUGAUGGAUGCGGGCGCAGCUUCAUCGGUGGAUGCGUCGCCGUCCUUCAUGGCAACACGAAACGCACUGGCAGUGUCGAGGCAGCAAUUUCACUUAGCACUGGAAGCUUUCAACUUGUCUCCGACCGACGUGAACUUGUUCUUCUCGGCUCUGGACGUGACUGUGAGCGACCGAGUGCAAGUUUGGGACGCAAUGUGCUCUGUAGAAACUCUGCAGCACGAGCACACGGCACUACGGCGUGCGCGCGUGCAACAAUUGCAGGCGCCACCAACGAAAGACCUCGAGUUCUUUCGCAGACAAAGCACUUAA